AUGGUUAAGUUUUUACUAGAGAACGGUGCAGAUCCUAAUAAGAAGGAUAAUGCUAAAACUGUUCCUAUAAUUGAAGCAGCCAAAAACGGAAACUAUGAAAUUGCCGAGCUUUUGGUAAACAAAGGAGCAAAUAUUGAUUACUUUGUUACCAAUAUGAAAACUGCUUUAAAUAUGGCAUUGAUGCAGAGACAUGAAGAUGUUGCCAGAUUAUUCGUUGAGCAUGGUGCAGAUGUAAAUUUGGCUAUUUCAAAUGGAGAAACACCAUUGAUGACAGCUAUUGCCAGAAAAUACUAUGAUAUUGCCGAAGAAAUGCUAAAAAGAGGUGCAAAUAUCGAAGCAAAGGAUAAAGAUGGCGAUAAUGCAUUAGCUUUCUGCACCCUAAACAACGAUGAGGAAGGAUUAACUUUCUUGAUCAAACAUGGUGCAAAUGUCAAUGCCAAAGUCAGCAAUGGAGAUACUCCAUUAUUAAUAGCCUACAAGAAAGGUUUUGGCAGAAUUGCAGGUUUACUUCUUAUGAAUGAUACUGAUAUAGAUAUUGAAAAUGAUCAAGGUCACUCAAUCAUUCUAUAUCAACUCUAUAUGAAGAAAAAGCUUCCAGCUACUUGGAAGAAAUUCUCUAAAGAACUUGACUCAUUAAGGAGCCAAGAUUCUGAUGACGAUGAUGAUGAUGAUGAAGAGGAUGACUCUGAUGACGAAUAA